UCAAUGACCAAACUCUAUUCAUUGUUGUAGAACACAACAUUAUAAUGGCCGUGGGAAAAUCUACAUACAUUUCAUUUAUGAUAGUCUGUUUGAUUCUGGGAUACUGCUGCUUCAUUGCCACAGAAUAUAUUGCGACAGUUGUAUUGAUAAGUACCGGCAUCUAUGUUGGAUCAAAAGCAAUACCGAGAGGGAGUGUCAGCUCAAAAAACAAAGCAGUGUUUAUAACGGGGUGCGACACAGGCUUCGGUCACAACCUAGCACUUAGGCUUGAUCAACUUGGUUACCUUGUGUAUGCAGGAUGUCUGCAUCCCGAGAAUAAGAACGCAAGGAUACUACAAACUUCAUCAAAGAGCAAGAAAUUAACAAUAGUUGCAUGUGAUGUUACUUCUGAUGAAUCUGUUUUAGCUGCAAAAGAGAAAGUGCAGAAAUCACUUCCUUCUGGAUUCAUUUUGUGGGCGAUAGUUAAUAAUGCUGGUAUCUGGUCAUACUCGGAAAUCGAGAUCGUGUCCCUGGAAGCAUUCAAACGUCUUGCAGAGGUUAAUGUCUACGGCACGGUUAGAAUCACUAAAGCAUUUUUACCGAUGUUGCGCCGAUAUAAAGAACAGACGAUUCGAAGGACCUUAACAGAAAACGAGCUUUCGAAAAUUUGGGAAAGUCUAGUGAGCACGAAUCACGGGAAGAUUGAUGAGAAAACAAACUUCUCUCGACCAAAUGAUCGAGGGGAUAAUUCUAUAGAGUAA